UUUCCGACUUACCGUUCAACCGGCACGGAUGUUAUAAAACAGAAUCCCAUCUCGGAAGGGGCGAGAAGCAUGCGAGCUGAGAAGGCGAUCAUACAAUCCCGGGGAUAAGCAUUGCGCGAGAGAGUCACGAGAAGAAUAGCAUUUAAAGAGGGCGCCUCUGGCGGCGGUCGUGAAUACUUAAGGCGUACAGCGUACAGAGUAGACAGAAGCAUAGUGGAAUUUGUAGGGAACGUUCGGCGGGCGCUACUACAACAAACGGAAUGGGUGCCUUUUUAGAAAAGCCAAUUACGGUGAAACACAACGAGCAGGGCGAGGGCAAUGGGUUGCGGUUCGGUGUGGGCGCCAUGCAGGGCUGGCGGUGCGAGAUGGAGGACGCGUACCACGCGAAGACGGGCCUGGGCGAAAAGCUGGAGGACUGGAACUACUUUGCCAUGUUCGAUGGGCACGCCGGUGACAAUGUGGCGAAGCACUGCGCGGCCAAUCUACUGCAGCGCAUCGUGAGCACGACCGAGUUUAGUAACAACGAUAUAACGCGAGCCAUUCACGCCGGAUUCCUGAAGCAGGACGAGGCGAUGCGCGACAUUCCCGAGCUCGCGUCCGGCGUCGACAAGUCCGGCACGACGGCCGUCUGUGCGUUCAUUUCGCGCGACCACCUGUACAUAGCAAACUGUGGCGAUUCGCGGGCCGUGCUCUGUCGGAACGCGCAACCAAUCUUCACGACGCAGGACCACAAACCGAUCUUGCCGGGCGAGAAGGAGCGCAUCCAGAAUGCGGGCGGCUCGGUGAUGGUGCAGCGAGUGAACGGCAGUCUGGCGGUCAGCCGGGCGCUCGGCGAUUACGAUUACAAGAACGUGCGGUCACUUGGCCAGUGCGAGCAGCUCGUGUCACCCGAACCGGAAAUCUUCUGUCAGGACCGCGAUCCGGCCGACGAGUUUCUCGUGCUCGCCUGUGACGGUGUGUGGGACGUAAUGACCAACCUUGAGCUGUGCCAGUUCGUACACAAUCGGCUCCAGCUGUCGGACGAUCUGGUGGUGGUGGCGAACCAGGUAAUCGACACCUGCUUGCACAAGGGCAGCCGGGACAAUAUGAGCAUCAUCAUCAUCGCGUUUCCGGGCGCCCCGACGCCCUCGGAGGAGGCACAAACACGGGAGGCAGCGCUCGAGGCCCACUUGCGCAAGCGCGUAGAGACAAUACUGCGGCAGAUGAACGAGGUCGACUUUGGGGAACUGCUGCGCGAGCUGGGCGGUGAAGACAUUCCCGAUCUUCCGCCGGGCGGCGGUCUGCACGCCAAGUCCACCUUCGUUUCGGACGUGUUCAAGGAGCUGCAUCCAUAGCUAGCGGAUAGGUGCGAGCCCGGGAACUACUAAAAGGGCCGCCGAGUGCACACCGCCGUCAUCCG